UGUGUUUUCCUGCACAUUAUCAAAGAACUAUCUUGACAUUUCUUCACUUACACGGAGAUCAUGUACCCCAGGGACUGAUGCAGCAACUGCUGAGUAGUUUACAACAGUUUCACUCAAAGGAUGGUUGGGUUUUAGCCUUAAUUAGAUUGCUUGGUCAGAAGACUCAUGCACUAAAAAAACAGACAGAAAAUGUGCAUGUAGAUGAGGAUGAUCAGUGCAAAAAAUCUAACUCCGAGCCUCUUUACAAAUUUUCUGCUCUCUCUGAAACCAGAGCAGUCUCAUUAAUUAAAAAACUGAAGGCGUUGAAUCAAGAGAAGAAAACUAAUCCUUGGAUUAACUAUGCCAGGUCUUAUCAAAGUGAUGGUUUAGUAGAGGGCAAUAAAGAAAUGUCAGCUGAAGUUGUUCUAAGUGGAAGCCAACCAAAUCCAGUGGAAUUUGAGACCCCUGAGAAGAAAGUUUUAACCUUCACUGAUACUGAUACACCAACAUUUCUAUCAGCCAAGAGGAGGAGAAUGAGUGCUGAAGAUGACACUGAAGCUAACAAGAGUGAAGAAGAAGAAAUAGACACAACAGAAAAAUCUACUUUGGAUCACGACUAUAUUUUACAAGCAGAAAGAUUGAAAGAAGUUUGGAGUAGUGGUGGUGAUAUUUCUGAGAUUCAGUCAGAACUUGAUAUUUUCAAAACCUGCACGGCUGAACAGAUACAGGCAGUGUGUAAUGUUUUAAAUUUCAAAUCACUAGAGGAAGUUGCUUUGGUAACAGCAUGUCAUCAUCUUACCAGCCUGGGAACUGAAGUCAGUUACAGUAAUUGUGUGUGUUUUGCAAGAUCUGCUCUUAUGCCAAAGAUUAUAUCUCUUAACCAAAACCCAUCAAGACAUUUCAUUGGGGCUGUUGUUACGUUUGCCAAAGUUUUUCCCAAGCAAGUGGUAGAAGCAGCCAUCAUACCUGUACUCACAGUUCAGGCUGGGAAAUAUCAAGCUGUUCUGGUUUCAAAAGUGGUCAAGGAGGCAAUCCCAUCAGAACACCAACAGCUGUUGCUGAAGCAGGUGAUCAGAUCCCAGGUGGAGUGUUCAGAAGAUGUGUUCACAGUCUUGCAGACCAUUCUGGAAUGCCAACCCAACUUUGAUGAUGAGCUCCUGCGGGAUUUAUCUUCAUACCUAGCACAGUAUGCUGUGUCCUUGGCAAACAGCUUGAAAUAUGGAAAGCUGAUACUUGCACUCAUUAAUAAGUAUGGUAAACAGUUAAAUCCAGAUGAAAGAGUGGUUGUUUCACAAAUACUGAAAGUGCACAAUACAUUCCUGAAAAAGUCUGCAGAAGCAUCACUCAAGCGCCUGGGUUAGGAAAUUGAUGAAUAUGAACUUAGGAAAUGUUUAAACCAAUGUUUUUACAAAUUGGAGUUUACAUUGCAUAUUGUUAAUGUAAAGUGAUAUUGGCCAUAAGAAGGAGGCAAAUGAAUAUAAUUAAACAGAUUACUGCAUGGUAAAUCACCUACAUGUACAUAUAUCUUUUGAGCCAUUCCAUUGUAUGGAAUGGCAAAAAUGAAUGGAAAAUAAUAAAGAAAGUCUGGGAAUUUAUAUACAGAUUAAUUUCAUUGCUUAGGUUCUGUUUAAUUUUAAUCCAAAAUAAAAGGGAUA